GAUGCUAUAAAUUCCAAGUCGAUUCCCAAAUAUUAACCAGUUGUUACACAUUGCCGACUUCGUUGUCGCGUUAAGUUAAGUGGCUGACCCCAUCAUGAAGGUGUACUACCUCCUGGUGAGUGCAUGUUGCGUUUGGAUCGCCCCAGCGCAAUCUCAAUUUUACUAUUCACAUUACACCCCCCUCACUCAAAUCUCGCCGUACUUCCCCCAACCCUACCUGCCAGCACUUCCCGCCGUGUCACCACUCGCUUACACCCUACCGCAAAGUCAAGCCGGCAGCACUUCCGCAGCUUCAGUCACUUACAACAUACCCUCCGCCCCCUCAUCCGAGUUCCGUGGUUUCGGUUACCGCACCGACUUCCAAAACGGGGGCAGUGCCACCGUGUUUUACGUCACAGGUGCCGAAGCCGAAAGCCUGCGCAACUUCAAGGACUUCCCCAACUUCCGCAAGAAUGUGCUGGAGUCGCCCGUCGGGAAAGCGAGGAGUUUGGCGUCCGACAUCAUCGACGUGAAUGCAGUACCCGACGCGGGAGAGAAAAUCCAAAGCGUGCUGCAGCCGGUGGACUUCCAGAAGAUCUUUGAAACUUUGACGCCGGGGAUUGUUAAUUUUUACAGCAAUUUCCCGGCGGCGACUGUUCCGUUGGACGUGGCGCUGAAAAUCGCGAAUGGUACGAGUAAUGUGACGACGACGACCACUACGGCUGCUCCGGAGGAAGCCCAGGCUGCUGAGAGUGUUGUCAACGCGAAAGUCGUGAUCAACGAUGUUGAUAAUAUUAUCAAAGCGAAUGAGACGAGUGAAUCCACUACGGUUUCUGAAGCGCCACAAGCUAGUAGUACUACGGAAACUGCCGCUGAAACUAAAUCGACCGAAAGCUCAUCAACCGGUGAAGAGAAGUCCACGGCUUCCAAUGAGGAAGCUACAACUGUCGAAACCACGACUCAAGUGUAAAAUGAAGGGAUUUAGUAGAAUAAAAUAAAUUAUCAAUUUG